AUGUCUACUGGCUCGACCAGCCACCUUGACCCAGAGAAAAGUCGUGGCCAUGUGCCUGUACGCCUGGAGGAGCCGGACGCACCACGAGAGGGCCGAAUCUUGUUGGACGCUUAUGGCCAAAGCCGCUAUCUAGGAGAAAGCUCAGGUGCAACAUUCCUCAAUCACAUUCGGGAAUACAUGGCCACUGUAUUUCCCAUUGCCUUCAAUACUGCCUGGCCAAUAACCCAAGCGACGGAUACCAAAUUCAUCUCGGCAUUGGGACAUUAUCAGACUCAUGAUUCUCGGCCUCUACUCGUUUCAUCACCUGAUCAUCUGAUGCCCUCAAUUGAGCAGGCUAAGCGUAUGCUGUCUGAACUCAGUCACUGGACUCGCAAUGGCUCUCACACCGCCAUUUCUGGUGGCAUUUUCUACUGGGCUAAUACCGAGUCGCUGUUGGCGGAAUAUGAGCUGCACCUUGCCGAUCCGCGAUCGUCGGAGCUCAGCCGCAACCUUGCACUCAUCAACGCUGCAUUCGCUGUGGCCUGCCAAUUUAACCCCGAUUGCGCACCAGAAUGGGAUGCAGGCGACGGCCAAACAUUCUUUGCCAGAGCCCGUGCUCUGGUUGGCAAUCCGCUUGACAUCGCAAGUCUCAGUGAUGCACCCGUCUUGACCUUGCUUGGAUUCUAUCUGGUGAAUAGCUACCGCCGAGAUGCAGCUUAUAUGUAUAUCUCGGUUGCCCUGCACAUUCUGAUCGUCCAUGGCGUUCACAGAGCCUGGUCUAUCGAUGAAGAUGGUAAGCGAAAAUUCUGGGAUGUCUAUAACUUGGACCGCUGGCUCAGCUGCACUAUGGGAAGACCUGUCAUGGUUGUGGAGGAAAGCAUUCAGCUGGACGUCCCACGGCCUGCUCCAGGUCUGCCACAGCCUGAUGGUUUACGAGCGCAUGUUGAACUAUCCAAGAUAACGCACUAUAUCGCUGCCAACGUAUAUGGCGUCUCCAAGCAUAUAGCAGAACCACACAGUACGGCUCUCUGCAUUCACAGGGCGUUGAGUAUGCUCAAGUCUUGGGAGUAUGACCUCCCAGAUUCCUUGCGCUAUGUUGAACGGAGCAAUGAUCAGGAUCAUGCUGCUUACGACUUGCAGAUGGCAGCAAAUCAUUUGAAGAUCCUCGCCGUCAGAGCCUGGUUAUUCGAUUCUGUGAAGAGAGCAACCGCCAACCUCUGUUUACGAGGCCGACGAGACGAUACCGAGUCUGCUCAUCACAACGAGAUCGACCUGGCUGUUGCGGCAGCGAGACAGACUAUAGUGAUUUUGAGACAUCUUGUUGAGAUUCGAAAGCCAAACAACCUGGUGCACACGAGCAUUCAUCACAUCUUCAAUGCGGCCUUGACACUGGAAUUGUAUCAGAUACUCUGCGUCAGCGACCACACACCCGAUCGUGAAAGCAUCCAUUACAUCAUAUCGCUUCUAGAGAUUCAGAAUGGGAGCAACAAGCCUUUCGCCAAGGACUGCGCCGGUGUGCUAUCUGAUCUUGCCUCCAUGAUGGUAAAGCUGCGCAGCAGCGGUGGACAGCUUCAACACCUGGCCAGGUACAAAGCUGCCCAUGAAGAAGAAUCCUUACCGGUUGGCGGAGCUAGUCAUUGGCAUGGGCCAAGUACGUGGGCGCACAAUUCCGUUGAACUCCUUCCAAGUCGACUUCCGGGUACAUCAGAGACAUCACCAACCGCGAUGAUCAACAGCGAAGAUCGGCAGAAUGCCUACGACGAAAUUGUCUCCUGGCUUUAG